AAGAUCCACGGCGUCAACCACCGCCACCUGCUUCACAGUUCGCAACAGAGAAGUCGUGGCUGAAAGCUUGAAAUGUUGGUCCCGCGAGUUAGCUCUACCACUCCCAUCAUUCAGCUGUUGGUUGGGAUCUAACUACCCACCUGCCUCUGCUUCUUCCCACCUCUUUCCUGUUUCAAACGACCAAGAAGAAAUGGCGCGCAAGAAGAUCAGAGAGUACGAUUCCAAGAGAUUGUUGAAGGAGCAUUUUAAGAGACUCUCUGGCUAUGAGUUACCUGUUAAGUCUGCACAAAUUACAGAGUCCACUGAUUUUAAUCAGCUAGUGGAGAAGGAACCAUGGCUUUCAACUUCCAAAUUGGUUGUGAAACCUGACAUGUUAUUUGGAAAGCGUGGUAAAAGUGGUUUGGUUGCCUUGAAUCUGGAUUUGGCACAAGUUAUAUCUUUUGUGAAAGAGCGUCUUGGCAAAGAGGUUGAGAUGAGUGGAUGUAAAGGACCAAUAACAACCUUCAUUGUUGAGCCUUUCAUCCCACACAAUAAAGAGUUCUACCUUAACAUUGUCUCAGAGAGACUUGGGAACAGUAUAAGCUUUUCAGAAUGUGGAGGAAUUGAAAUUGAAGAGAACUGGGAUAAGGUUAAGACAGUAUUUGUUCCAACAGGAGUGCCUCUUACAUCUGAAAUCGUUGCUCCACUUAUUGCAACCCUUCCCUUGGAGAUCAGGGGAGAAAUUGAGGAAUUCCUCAAGGUGGUUUUUGCUUUAUUUCAAGACCUGGAUUUCACUUUCCUAGAAAUGAACCCUUUCACAUUGGUCAAGGGAAAGCCUUAUCCUUUGGAUAUGAGAGGCGAGCUAGAUGACACCGCUGCUUUCAAGAACUUCAAAAAAUGGGGAAACAUUGAAUUUCCAAUGCCGUUUGGGAGGGUUAUGAGUCCCACAGAGAGUGUCAUCCAUGGAUUAGAUGAAAAGACUAGCGCAUCUCUGAAGUUCACAGUGCUGAACCCAGCAGGCCGAAUUUGGACAAUGGUAGCCGGGGGAGGUGCUAGUGUCAUCUAUGCUGACACGGUUGGAGAUCUUGGAUAUGCAUCUGAACUUGGAAACUACGCAGAAUACAGUGGAGCUCCCAAGGAAGAGGAGGUCUUGCAGUAUGCCAGAGUUGUAAUUGAUUGUGCAACAGCAAACCCUGAUGGCCAAAAGAGAGCACUUGUGAUUGGAGGAGGGAUAGCAAACUUCACUGAUGUUGCUGCUACAUUUAAUGGCAUAAUUCGAGCACUUAAGGAGAAGGAGGUACAGCUAAAAGCGGCAAGGAUGCACAUAUAUGUGAGGAGAGGAGGUCCCAACUAUCAGAAAGGUCUAGCAAAAAUGCGGGCUCUUGGAGAAGAUAUCGGCCUCCCUAUUGAGGUCUAUGGACCAGAAAAAACCAUGACUGGUAUAUGCAAGCAGGCAAUCCAAUGCAUCACUGCAGCUGCUUAAGGAUCCUCUCAUUGUUAGAUCUGUACCUGGUUUUAUUUUACACAUUCUAGAAUGAUUGUUGAUUCUUAAUUUCCCUUUCAUACUCCCAGCAUUCAGAAAUUUAGAGCCAUCGUCCAAAAAGAGAAAAUAGUGUCCAAGAGUGUUUUGUAUCUUCAUGUUCAUGACAGUCCUCCUACAAUAAUAAAGAGAUCAAUGUUGUUCA